AUGGAAAAGAAGUCCAAAACAGUGGGCAUCCCCAAAACAUUGGUGUCCCGCCAGACCGCGCUCCACACCUCCAUGUGGCAGUAUUUAGCCGCGCCGGUGGACCCAGCCUCCCAGGUGUCAUCUGAGGCCUACCAAAACUCUGAGGCCUCUAUGCCACGUUCGACCUCGCCAGGCCAAGAAGAGCCUCCAGCAUUACCACCACCGGACUGGCUGGCCUUCCUAAAAGCGCUCCCCACCCGAGCAGACCUCGAAGAGGCGACCUCAACACUACAUGCUUCCCUUAGAGCAGACCUACAGCUGAUGCGAUCAGACCUGCAGGGAAUUGUGGACCGUAUUACCCAAGUGACAGCCAUCUGGCGGCCCAAGCUGCCACUAUCUCCACACUGGAACGCCAAACGUCCCAGCUGCAAUCUAUGGCAGAUCAUAUAG